UCUCUUGAUAUGUAUGUGAUUAUUGCUUCUUUUGCUCAAGUCCACCUCACAAAAGCGCGUCCUUUCUAAUCCUUUUUUUCCAAUUCUAUCCAAAGUUUCCCUCUUUUUGUUUUAAAGAUCUCUCCUCCCUGUCUGAUUUCUGCUCGUAGUAAUUCGCCCAAUGUUUAGCUUUUUCCAUUCCGGGUAGUUCCGGAUUUUUGUAUCCUAUUGUGAGCUAAAUCCCAUCUUUAGCUUUUCCCAUUCCGGCUAGUUUCGGAUUUAUCUUUCUAAUUGUACUUGAAUCAUUUUUGUUUAUCAAAGUCUCCGCAUUUAUCUACGCUCAUCUUUCACUUCAAAUGCCAGUAUUUAUAUGAUUCUUCAGAGCUUAAUUUUGCACAAUUCGAUCCAGUGCGGUGCCAAAAGCAUGAAGGCUUUUUGUUUGUUUCAGUUGUUAAUCUUGCUUGUUUCGAUUGGUAAUGCUCUGUGUAAGGAGUGUACCAACGUUCCUACUCAGCUUUCAUCACACACUUUUAGACACGAGCUCUUAGCAUCAAACAAUGAAUCGUGGAAAGAGGAGAUGUUCUCACACUACCAUUUGACUCCAACGGACGAGUUGGCUUGGUCCAGCUUGUUGCCAAGAAAGAUCUUAAGAGAAGAACAAGAAUUUGAAUGGAUAAUGGCAUACCGCAAAUUGAAGAAUUCUGCUGAGUCCGAUUCACCAGGGGAGUUCCUUAAGGAAGUAUCGCUGCAUGAUGUGAGAUUGGACCCGAGUUCAGUUCAAUGGCGGGCACAGCAGACGAACCUAGAGUACUUAUUGUUGCUGGACGUGGAUAGUUUGGUGUGGAGCUUUAGGAAAACGGCAGGUUUGCCGACACCGGGAAAGGCGUAUGGUGGUUGGGAGGAUCCGACUUGCGAGCUCCGGGGUCACUUUGUAGGGCAUUAUUUGAGUGCGACGGCACACAUGUGGGCAAGCACUCACAAUGAUAGUAUUGGAGAGAGAAUGUCUGCAGUAGUGACUGCUCUAGCUGCUUGUCAAGAAAAGAUGGGUACGGGAUAUCUUUCGGCUUUCCCAUCUGAGCAAUUUGAUCGUUUCGAAGCUAUCAAACCAGUCUGGGCUCCAUAUUACACCAUACACAAGAUCAUGGUGGGUCUUCUGGAUCAAUAUACAGUUGCUGGCAACAAGCAAGCUUUGAAAAUGGUUACAUGGAUGGCUGAGUACUUCUACAAUCGUGUGCAGAAUGUGAUCAUAAAAUACUCUUUAGAAAGACACUGGCUGUCACUCAAUGAAGAGACUGGUGGCAUGAAUGACGUCCUUUACCAGUUAUUCAGAGUGACAAAUGAUCCAAAGCAUUUGUUGUUGGCUCAUCUCUUUGACAAACCUUGCUUUCUUGGAUUGCUUGCUGUGGAGGCUGAUGACAUAUCUGGUUUUCAUGCAAAUACCCAUAUCCCAGUUGUUGUUGGAUCCCAGAUGCGAUAUGAAAUUACUGGUGACCCAUUAUACAAGACUAUUGGGACAUUCUUCAUGGACAUUGUGAACUCCUCUCACAGCUAUGCAACAGGUGGCACAUCAGUCGGGGAAUUCUGGACGGACCCAAAGCGUUUAGCGACCACUCUUCAAACAGAAAAUGAAGAAUCAUGCACCACAUAUAACUUGCUGAAGGUGAGUCGCAAUGUGUUUAGAUGGACAAGAGAAGUUGCAUACGCAGAUUAUUACGAGAGAGCAUUGACAAAUGGCGUGCUAAGUAUUCAGAGAGGGACUGAGCCGGGUGUCAUGAUCUACAUGCUUCCUUUGGGUCGUGGGGUGUCCAAGGCCAUAAGCUUUCAUAAAUGGGGAACUAAGUUCAACUCCUUCUGGUGCUGCUAUGGGACAGGAAUUGAGUCCUUUUCGAAAUUGGGGGACUCAAUAUAUUUUGAAGAGCAAGGAGAAGUUCCCAGUCUUUACAUAAUUCAAUAUGUAUCGAGUUCACUCAACUGGAAAGCAGGGGGAACUGUGAUCAAUCAGGAAAUCGGUCCUCUGUCAUCGUGGGAUCCUUAUCUUCGAGCAACGUUUACUUUUUCGUCAGAGGCAGCGGGACAGUUGUCUACCCUGAAUUUCCGAAUACCGAUUUGGGUUUCUUCAGCUGGUGCCAAAGCAGAAUUAAAUGAAGGGAGUUUGAUUCUACCAAAUCCAGGUAAUUAUCUCGUCAUCAAGGAGAAAUGGGGCCCUGGUGAUAAGCUGACCCUUCAGUUGCCCCUCAGUUUGCGGACAGAGGCUAUCAAAGAUGACCGACCCGAGUAUGCUUCCGUCCAUGCGAUACUUUACGGGCCUUAUCUUCUUGCGGGCCUGACGAGCGGAGACUGGGAAAUCAAAGCCAACCCAGAUGCUUCUCUAUCCAAUUGGAUAACUUCCAUUCCGGCUUCUUACAGUUCUCAGUUGCUCUCUCUUUCACAAGAAUCGGGUGACUCGUCUUAUUUCCUGACCAACACGAACAAAUCCAUCACAAUGGAGAAGUUCCCUGAGUCGGGCACGGAUUCGGCUGUCCACGCCACCUUCAGACUCGUCUCUAAAGACCCCACUGCUUCAGGAAUCAGGUCGCAAAAGAAGGGCAUGAUCGGGAAAUCGGUCAUGCUCGAACCCUUCGAUCUUCCCGGAAUGGUGAUAGUCCACAAACGGAAAGAUGAGGGCCUUGUGGUCGAGGGAUCAAGCGAGGACAGCUCGUCCCUCUUCCACGUGGUCGCAGGCCUGGACGGGAAUGCCAAGACAGUGUCCUUGGAGUCGGAAAGCCAAGAGGGUUGCUACAUAUACACGGGGUUGAAUUAUGACGAGGGUUCCAGCGUAAAGCUGGGCUGCGUUUCGGAUUCCUCAGACAGUGAGUUCAACAAAGCAAGCAGCUUUAUUUUGGGAGACGCCAUGAGCUCAUAUCAUCCUAUGAGCUUCGUGGCGAAGGGCGCAACGAGAAACUUCCUCUUGGUGCCGUUGAUGAGCUUGAGAGAUGAAUCAUACACUGUCUAUUUCGACAUCCAGUCUUGAGAGAUGGUUGGUACAGAAGGCACCCUGGAAAAUAAGAGAGGGCGGCUUGGUUAGGAUUUUCAAGUCUUGCUUAGUGAUCAUGCCUUGAAUGUUCGGCAGGCGGUCGCGUGUUUCUGCGGCUUACCCAGCUUCUCAUAACGGAGGUGAAUUAGUCGGUUCUUCCGGUUUACAUUGCCGGUUUGCGGAUGUUACAUAUUACCAGGUCAGAUCAGAAUGAUGAACUGCAGUUUAUAUA